UUGAUCGGUGGGCGGCGCGCGGCGGCGGCGGCAGGGCGGGCGGCGCGCCCACGUGCUCGCUCACGCCCGGAAUAGACAGUUCGCCCCGCGCAACUGUCCUCACCUCACAUCUCUCUAGUUACAAAAAAACUUUACAACAUUUCCACGUACAUCGUUAAAAUAAAAAAUAAUUUAUAAAUAAAAUUCAAGUCUUAUGUCAAUAAAAAUUGUGAUAAUAUAUUUAUUCAAGUAAUUAGAUCGUUAUUUAAUUUAAUUACAUUUAUUUAGAUAAAUAAUAAACUUCCUCGUGUUCAGUACUUGAAUAGCAAAGGUCGUGUUGUGGACGUAAGCAAUAUAGGUGUUCGUAAUAAUUGUUUCGUCACGAUCUGUUGAUGGUGUGUGAUGUGCUUGUGAUAUAGAGACUGAUACUGGUACAGUGGGACAAUAUCAGCAGUCAAGUGCAGUGUGACAUUGAGUCGCGAAGUAUAGUCUGUGUCGGUGUAUCUAGUGACGUCGGCCCGAGCCAGCAAUCGUGGUAUUUUGAAUACGUUAGAAUUUUGGCGGAGUGUGGUGGUUAGUGCGCUGAUAUAGCCGCGGUGAAUAAUAGUCGGCGCCGGCGCCGAGCGGUGGUGUCAAGGUGCGGCGUGCGCAUGUGCGAUGCGAUGCGUGACAAACUGUCCGCGCUGCUGCGGAGCUCGGUGCAUGCGCCGGCGCAUCACAACAACGAAAAGCUACACAAUGAUACUUUCGGCCCAGUGCUCGUUUUUACAGAUGAAGGGAGCGCACGCGAAGGCGGAUUGGUAUGGCGCGGGUGCUCAGCCGAGUGCGACGCAGAAGACGGCGCGGCGGGUGCGCUCACCGACGGCAACGCCAACCCAGGAGACAAGCUGGAGGGGUCGGACGCAGCUCCGGACGACCCUGUUCACCUCAAGAGACGGGUGGGACUCUUCAGUGGGGUGGCUCUAAUUGUUGGCACUAUGAUUGGUUCUGGAAUAUUCGUCUCGCCCUCUGGGCUUCUGGAGCGUACCGGCUCAGUGGGCAUUAGCUUCAUCAUUUGGAUGGCAUGUGGCCUGCUCUCGCUGCUUGGAGCGCUCGCGUAUGCGGAGUUGGGAACGAUGAACACGUCGUCAGGCGCUGAGUACGCCUACUUUAUGGACGCUUUCGGAGGACCUCCUGCGUUUCUAUUUUCAUGGGUAUCGACAUUAGUACUGAAGCCAUCUCAGAUGGCUAUAAUAUGUUUGAGUUUCGCAAAAUAUGCUGUGGAACCAUUCGUAUCGGAGUGCGAACCACCAACCAGCCUGGUCAAAUUAGUCGCGGUCAUUUCUAUUGUGAUGAUAUUAGCGGUAAAUUGCUACAGCGUCAAUUUAGCUACGAAUGUACAAAACAUCUUCACGGCAGCUAAGCUGGUGGCGAUUGCGAUCAUUGUGGGCGGUGGAGCUUACAAGUUAAUAUUAGGUAAUACGCGACAUUUACAGGAGCCCAACUUCGCAAGUAGCACCGCCACGCUGGGCAACAUUGCCACAGCGUUCUACACUGGCCUUUGGGCAUAUGACGGUUGGAAUAACCUGAACUAUGUCACUGAGGAAAUUAAGAAUCCAUCCAAGAACUUACCGUUGAGCAUAAUAAUCGGUAUCCCGCUGGUGACGCUGUGCUACGCGCUGGUGAACGUGUCGUACCUGGCUGUGAUGUCGGUGAGCGAGAUGGCGGACAGCGAGGCGGUGGCCGUCACCUUCGGCAACCGACUGCUGGGUCCACUCGCCUGGCUCAUGCCACUCGCCGUCACCAUCUCAACAUUCGGAUCUGCUAACGGCACCCUGUUUGUCGCGGGAAGGUUGUGUUUCGCAGCGUCAAGGGAAGGUCAUUUAUUGGACAUCUUAUCGUACGUCCAUGUGCGCCGUUUCACUCCAGCUCCUGGACUGAUUUUCCAUUCCCUGAUAGCAGUGGCUAUGGUAUUGUACGGAACGAUAGACUCGUUGAUUGACUUCUUCUCCUUUACCGCGUGGAUCUUCUACGGCGGAGCUAUGCUCGCAUUGAUUGUUAUGAGGCGUACUAAGCCACAUGCACCCAGACCAUAUAAGGUGCCGAUAAUAAUCCCGUACGUCGUAUUGCUGGUGUCUACUUACCUGGUGGUAGCGCCAAUCGUGGACAAGCCCCAAUGGGAGUACCUGUACGCCACCGCCUUCAUAUUCGGUGGCCUCUUGGUGUACGUGCCUUUCGUCAAAUGGGGCUACUCCCUGCCGUUCAUGGAUAAAAUAACCGUUUUCUUGCAAAUGGUGCUGGAGGUAGUGCCAACGUCAACAACGUUCGAAUAUUAGGAAGUAGUCGGAGCUGGACUUUAAAGAAGCAAUUGUGACAAAUUCUCGUCGAUUUAUUGUACCAUAUCUAAGUAUCAUUUGGAUUUCGUACAUUGUUAACUAUUUUUUGGUCCUGUUUCGCCUAACCCCGAGAAAGUUUAAAAAGGUAACGUUAUCAAAAAUAAUAUAUUUUGUAACAAGUUAAUACCUCGAUUUCUUGGAGGCGGUGAUAUACCUAGAUACUUAAUUAAAAUUUGAUAUAAUUUUUUGACUGAUAGGUAUGUUCCUUAUCCAAAAUUAUUGCCCACAAUAUUGUGUAAAUGCAAUAAAUAACUCUCUGUAAAAGUAUAUGUAUAAUAUCGUGUUAUAUGACUUUAAAAUUACAUGGUAUUUUGAUGUUGUUGCAGCGUAAAGCUUUUUACACUUUUGUUUUCGAAUUUUAAGAAAAAAUGUUGUACUUAUGAAAUAUAUUUCGUAAUAAUAAUGCAGUGUUAAAAAUGAGAAAGCCAAAUGGCAAUAUUUUUUGCUAUAACUUAGGUAGUAAUGACGUCGUUCAUUUCAUUAGUUUGCACGAAUCAUUCCUAUGGGGACAUGCAUUUCGAGGCGUCGACACUGUGCCAUGUUGAGGCCAGGCAAGGUGAUCCUGAUCGUGGUAGGUAAUAUCAAUGUGACGUGACGUUAGGGUUAAGGAUAAUGACUCAAGCACCCGGAUAGCCGUGACAAAUGCCAUUAUAAAAUGAUCUAUUCAGGUCUUGUUAAAUAGCGAUUAAACGUUUUGACCAUGUUUAACUUGGAAAAACUUGGUACUCGAUUAAUAAAGUAUGGAGUAAAAGGUCGAAUAAAUUCGUUUAUUUUCCUGUUAUUAAUAUUUGUCUCUUAAUAAAAUUACUCGGUGCUUUGCAAGAUUUAUCCUUAAUCCCCGACUAGACUGCAGGUAGCAAGAAUGAUGUAUCAUAGGUACAUGGUAUGCAGUAGUUCUCGAUAAGACUCGAGCCCUGUUCGCAUCACUAUGAGUGAUUGUGCUAAACUCAUAGUUUGUAGCUCAUCAACUCAUCAUAGCCAACCUUAGAAGUUAUGGAGUAGGUAUAGAAAUGUGUUUAAUUUUGAUAAUAAAUAAAUAUUUAAUAAAUUCGGUUUGUGUUAAGUGUAAUACUUACAGGGGAUAAUAAUUAGUUUGACGUACCUAUUUGUUUACGGUGCUGAUACGCUAGGACUUUACCCAAGAAUGCAAGUAUUUGUAUUGGCAAAUUGUCACUAAUUGUACAAUCAAUUAAUGGCAAGGUAUUUAAGAGUGUGUCCAUAAAUCUCAAUUGCUGAUUGUACAAGAACGUUGUAAACGGAGCUCAGAGGCACAAAAGGCUAAGGAUAUUUACAUGUAAAAUGGAAAAAAUCUCAAUCUUGGGCGGAUACUUUAUCCCUUUUGAAAGACUAAAGUGUGUGUUAACAAUAGUUUGUAAAAAAAUGUUUGUUUCAAUGGCUGAUGUUUGCGAUCGGUAAAAUUUGGUCCUAUCAUUCCUUACCGGGGCAGACGAGGCCAUCGACUUUUUAUUGAAGAUAUUUUUAUAUUUAUUGAUUUUUAAUAUAAUACUUGAUUUUUUUAUUACUCAAUCAUUUGACAUAUUUAAGAUUUAGGUAACUUAAAAAUAAAUUAGAAACAUGUAAAGCUAAUUUCUAUAAGUUGCCCAAUUGUUUAGUUUUAUUGUAUUUAUCUAGCAGUUUGGACAUGAUAAGAGUACAUUAUUUAUGUAGUUUAUAAAUACUAAGCAAAAACGGGCACACAGAAAGUACACACCUGACGAUGUGAUAUUGUUAUGGGUAAAAACUAAUGGUUUUAUUUUGUGUACAGAAAUAUCGUAAAACAUACCUAUACUUACAUAAUAUAAAUGUGUGUACUUAUCUCUGAAAGAGAUCAGAAUUAUUUAUUGUUAUAUACUACCAUUGAAAUGAAAUUUUAAAUAAAGACAAAUAAAUCA